UUUUUCUCUUGAAGAGCUUCAACAUUUGAGGAACAGUCUACCUGAUCAAGUUGUUGUUCAGCGCAUAGAGGAGAAGCUAUCUGCUCUAGGGAAUUGCAUUGCAUGCAAUGACCACGUUGCUCUAACACACACGGAUCUGGACCGGGAAACUGAGGAGAUAAUUGCAGAUGUGCUUGGCGUGGAAGUUUUCCGGCAGACUAUCGCUGGCAAUAUUCUCGUGGGCAGUUACUGUACCUUUUCCAACAGAGGUGGCUUGGUUCAUCCCCAUACCUCGGUGGAAGAUUUGGAUGAACUUUCGACUCUUCUCCAGGUCCCUUUAGUGGCCGGAACUGUUAACCGCGGUAGCGAAGUAAUAGCUGCUGGAAUGACAGUAAACGACUGGACUGCUUUCUGUGGGUCUGACACCACAGCAACAGAACUUUCCGUCAUAGAAACCAUCUUCAAGUUAAGAGAAGCACAACCAACUGCUAUCGUUGAUGAGAUGAGGAAAUCGCUUAUUGACAGUUAUGUCUGAUUCAGUUAUGCACCCACGACCCACCAGUUCUGUGUGGAAAAAAUUCGCGGUUAAAUGGUGAAUUACCGUUUGCAGUCCAAGAUCAUCAAUGAUCGCAGCGAAUUACUGUCACCAUUUAGCAUCAGAUUAUUACACACAGUAUAAAUUAUUUGAUGCACCAGACCAAGAUCUUUUUUGAUGGCAAGAUCACCGUAUCUUAAUUAUGUAGCAGUUGAAAAUUUGUGUUGGUGUUGUUUUUCAAGUUAGGGUUUUAAUAUGUUGAUGAGUGUAAAAGGAAUUCUUGUAGCUUAUUAACCAAGAUUGCGUGAAUUUUCUGUUUGGUUUGAAUUAACAGCCCCAAAUGUUGAGAUUCCAUUGCUGA